UUCUGGACCCUUCCUUCGCCAGAACACCUUGUCAGCUCUCUGGCAGGAGCCGAACUAACUGGCGGUCAGUCAUGGGCACCCCAGCCUCCGUGGUGAGCGAGCCGCCCCGCAGGCAGCCUCCGACAGAGGCCCGGGGCCGCAAGCAGGCCUCCGCCAACAUCUUCCAGGACGCCGAGCUGCUGCAGAUCCAAGGCCUGUUUCAGCGCAGCGGAGACCAGUUGGCCGAGGAGCGGGCGCGGAUCAUCUGGGAGUGUGCAGGGGACCACCGUGUGGCCGAGCCACUUAGAAGACUGAGAAUCUCUCAAGGUCCCCGUGGCGUCCUCCCUGUUGUCAGCUUAUCAUACACUUGCUCCUGCAGGAUCCCGGAGCCCCGCUCUGCCCGGGCUGACCCCGACAGUGCCACGGGGACAGCCGCCAGCGAGCAGCGCCUCACCUCCAGGAGGACGAGUGCCCGGAACUGGAGGAAGCCAGGCCCCACCAGCUACCUCCGCCGGAUUCGACACUGACUGGGAGGGCCGGGGUGGGCAUUCGCCCUGGCGGUCGGAGACUUCUGCCUGGAAGGUGAGAUCCCGGGCAGGCUGCCCCAGGAACUGACGGGAGGAGCCACUGCAGCUGCUGGCCUGUUUGGCUCGGGAGGGGCCUGGACGCCGCCACCAGGCUCUCGGCUUUGGAGGAUCCACUCCUCACCAGAGUGAGCACAGACACAACUGCUGCUGCCUCCGCCCUUCCCGGUCUCACGCCAGCCUGGGCUGCCUGAUGCUCCCUGGGGCGAGGGGAUGGGCAUGCGGGCCGGCGUCUCACGCCUCCACCACGACCCCACCUACUACUGCCAUUGCCUCCGGCUCAGCAGCCGGUCCCACACCCCCAUGCCAGGCCCACACAGAGAAACCGGGGUUUCAGUGGCGAAUAAAGACAUUUACACCAAGAA